UUCAAGAAUAUAAUUUUUUAGUGUAGGGUAAUAACUGCUUGAUCCAAGGAUAAAUCUGACUGCCAUUCUGGGGUCAAGAAGGAAUUUGUUUCCUAGUUUGUUGCAAAAUUGGAACUGCUUCAAACUGGGUUUUUUUUUUUUUUGCCUUCUUUUGGAUCAACAGCAGAAAACAAAUGUGAGGAAGGCUGAACUCGAUGGACCCAAGUCUCUUUUCAGCUAUGUAACUAUGAGUGGGCAGUGUAUUAGAGUGGUGGGAGGGGUUGCAGUGUAUUGGGUUGUAUUGGGCAGUGUAUUGAAUAUGGGGGCAAUGUAUUGGAUUUGCGGGCAGUGUAUUAGAAUGGGGGGAGGGGGCAAGGUAUUGAAUUUGGGGGAGGAAGGCAGGCAGUGUAUUAGAGUGGUUGCAGGGGGCAGUGUAUUGAAUUGGGGGACGGACAGUGUAUUAGAUUAAGGGGCAGUAUUAGAUUGGGUUGAGUGGACAGUGUAUUAGAGUGGAGAGAGGGGAGGCAGUGUAUUGAAUUUGGGGGCAAUGUAUUGGAUUUGCGGGCAGUGUAUUAGAAUAAGGAGAUGCUGAUUGGCCGUGCAGCUUUUUGCCACACAUGCACAAUAGUCAACUUUUUUUAUUCUGUACUUUUUGAAAUAAACCUACGUUUCUAUGAAAACUGAAUUUUAUUUAUUUUUGCGGCCCACGUAAACUUAAACCUUGUUUAUUUGGCCCGUAUUGGCCUUUGAGUUUGACAUGUUUGGUGUAAACAUUGGAAAUAUCUAGAGUCCUAUUGUAAAGAAUCGUAUAGGGGUAGUGUAAGGACCAUAACUAACAGCUAACCUGCUCAGCCAAUCACUGCCAUCCAAAUAUGGAUGAAAUAUAUUUUGCUAAUGCAGAAAUUUAAAUUUCGCUUAGCAAUAAGACAAGAGAAGAUGGCAGUUUAUAGACACCUAAGUGACCCCUAUUCUUAGUUAAAUUGAUUAAAACAUAAAUGGGAGGCAGUGCUCCUAGCUUACUACAGUAAUGCCAUAAACAUUAGAGCAGGUGUGGUAGAUAUUGUGCUUCCAUACCUCUGAAUAUUGGGAGGUAUGAAUCUAGGAGAGGGGGUGGGUGUGCCUAAAGAGAUGCUCCACUGGUGUCACUAGCAAUGCUCAUAAUAGGCAGUCCAAUCCAGAAAGGGGGCAAUGCUGCCCAAAGACGGGAAGUGUCAGCCUUGAAUGCAUGCAUGCUAGAUUGACUGAUUGCUUCCAUGGCCAGCAUCACUCAGGGUAUUCCAUGCACAGAGCUCGGCUGAAGCACUCUGCAUGGUCAGAGUGCCCUGAGGGCAUGCAUCACAACAGGAGUUCGUCCCAAUGUAGGACCCCAUGAAACUAACCCUGGAUGAUGGAACAGAAGCCCAAAGUCAGGACGUUUCCGUCGGAUCUGGGACUGUUUGGAGAUGUGAGCUUAGACUAACCUUUUUAACAUGUAUUGCUAAAAUCAUAUUCCAUAAAACUUUCAAUUAAAAUAAGAAAAUCAAUCACGUAGAAGUUAAUUUGCUAAACACUGAAUUGUAGUAGCACAUUAGCAUACAGUGAUUUUAGCACAAUACAUAUGCUGAAAUGUUUAAAAUGGAUGCAAUGAAAACCGACAGUAUAGCAUUGGUUAAUUAUAAGAUCAGCGGAAAUGAUAAGGGGUAUGAUUUUUAUUUUACUUCCUGCUUAUAGAAGUAUAGUUAACAAACAUUUGUAUAUUUUAUUUUUUUCAUCAGUGAAAGGAAAUGAACAAAUGCCGUUUAAUCAAACUACAGGAAACAGAUAUUUUAUUUAACUGGACGUCUCUUAUUGAAAACCAUUUAUAUAUACCGUAUAUACUCAAGUAUAAGCCGAGUUUUUCAGCACAUUUUUUGUGCUGAAAAACCCCCACUCGUCUUAUACUCGAGUCAAUGUCUGUAUUAUGGCAACUUACAUUGCCGUAAUACAGACCAGGACCGCCGGGCUCAUUACAAGCCCGGCGGUCCUGUUGGGGGCUGGCAGCUCCUACACAGCCUAUGCCACUGGACCACCAGGGAAUGAGAGGGACAAAAAUAAAUAAAUUAAUUAAAUAAUAUUAAAAUAAAAAUAUUAAUAUUAAAAAAAUAAUACAAUAAAAAUAAAAUAUUAAUAAUAUAACAACAACAACAAAAUAAUAAUGACAAAAUAAUAAUAAAAAUGCCCACCCCCUACCAAGGCUCUGCAUCACAUACACAAACACACUCUGCAUCACACACACACACUCUGCAUCACACACACACACACUCUGCAUCACACACACACUCUGCAUCACACACACACUCUGCAUUCACACACACACACACUCUGCAUUCACACACACACACACACUGCAUUCACACACACACACACACACACACUGCAUUCAUUAUAUACACACACUGUAAAUAAACAAUUAAUAUAAUUUUUUGGGAAUAUAAUUUUAUUUAGAAAUUUACCAGUAGCUGCUGCAUUUCCCACCCUAGUCUUAUACCCGAGUCAAUAAGUUUUCCCAGUUUUUUGGGGUAAAAGUAGGGGUCUCGACUUAUAUUCGGGUCAACUUAUACUCGAGUAUAUACGGUAUAUAUUUUACUACUCACUAUUUAAAAAUGUGGGUUAUGUCUAAAGUGUACUUGUCAUAUAACUCACUACAUUAUAGAAAAAAAACACCCUAACAUUUAAUCUAUACAUUGUGCCGGAAUAAUUACUAGAAAAUUUUGUAUAGAUUUCCAAAAAAAGAAAAGAAAAAAGCCCUAUAUGUCGGGCCCUUCCUUUAUAUUUAUAUGCCGACUAUUAAAGGGAUACUAUAAGUGCCAGGAAUACAGCUUUGUUUUAUAGCUCCCUCUGUCUCCCCACCCUUGCCCCCCCCCACAGUGGACAAUAAAGGGUUAAAACUCCUUUAUUUACUGCCUAUAUCCCUCAGUGCUGGAUCACAGUCUGCCUCAUCUUCUGUCACACAACGAGCAGUCACUAAUGGACAUGGGUAGCAAAUGCCACGCACGCAUUAGACCUCCACUUAGGAAAACAUUGAAUCAAUGGUUUCCUGUAGCGAAAAAUCUGACGCUGACUGUACUCAUGCAGAGCGUGAGGAUAUCCAGCGUCAGUUACCGGACCAAAGGUCAAUUUGGAUGCAGGAAUCGCCUCUUGUGGCUGUCUGGUAGACAGCCACUGAAGGCAGACUUAGUGCUGCAAUGCAAACAUUACCGUUUCUCUGGAACUGCAGUGUUUAACAUUGCAGCACUAAAGGCAAUGGGGACACUGCACCCAAACCACUUCAAUGAGCUGAUGUGGUCUGGGUGCCUAUAGUGUCCAUUUAAGCAACUAAAGAGAGCAGAGGAAUGUAGUAUCAGAACAGAUAUCACGUAAAGGAAAACUGUCACCUCGGAAAUAUUUUUUAAUAUAAUAGUCCUUUCAUCAAGUAUUGAGGAGAAUUUUUUUUAUUUUUUAUUUUUUUUUUAUGCAGUAUAUGUAAAAAAUGAAACUCAUCCCUACCUUUUAAUAUAUGACAGGAUCCUUCAUCCAUAUACAUGUACUUUGGGUCAGACAGUGUUUUAAAAAUGACAGUCUCUAUGGUCUUCCUUGCUUCUGUGUUGGGGGUGAAGGCUGGGAAAACCAUAGAUACUAGAUAGAGGUUAUCAAACACUGUCUGACCCAAGGAUCCUGUCAUUUUACUAAAGGUAGCGAUGAGCUUUUCUAUUUUAUUUAUUUAUUUUUACAUAUACUUCAUAAAAAAAAAAAAGAUUAUUAUAUUAUGUGCACUAUGGACACCCAGACCAAGUUAUCUCAAUGAACAGCAAUAUUUACAUUGCAGAGUUUAACCCCUUAAGGAUCAAACUUCUGGAAUAAAAGGGAAUCAUGAUAUGUCACACGUCGUGUGUCCUUAAGGGACUAAUGCCUCUAGUGGGUGUCUAUUUGACGUUUUACUUUCUUUUUCUAUGUUUCCAGUCGCAGGUGACCCAAUAAAUGAUGCUGAUAUACACCUGAUUAUGGAGUACCCAACAGGAGCAAAAUGGGGAAAUCACGUGUCACGCAGAGCUAACAGGUGCCUUAUACGCUGUCUAUCAUUAAUCUCAAUAUAUGUGUUAAUUAGUUAUACAGGAGGACAAAUAUCUAUUUAUAAAUGGAGUUUACUAGAUCUUCCUUUAAUAAAAAAAAAUAAUCAUUAUGCAUUUCAAACUGUUUUUAAGUGUACAUUUAUAAUAGUCUUGCCUUGUCGUUAAGAAAUUGCAGUGUGUAUCUGUUCAUGUAAGGUAUAUGACAUUGAAGGAUUCUUGCCAUAAAGAGGUCAGCACCAAAAUCAUGCACCGUGAUUGCACUUCCCUAGAGGACAAUGGUGUCCGACAAAUUUCACUGGGUGUGGCAGAUGUUUGGUAUAGAGAGCCACACUGCUUUUGUAUCCCAGAGGCAACCAUGGUAAUUUUUUAUAUGUUGAUAUGAUUUCAAAUAGCAAAACAGGGUCACUUUUGUUCUUGUGAGCAUAGGUUGGGAGUUAGGUCAAGCAUGGAGAGGGAUAUUAUGGGAUACUUUAGGCAAUAUAAUUACUUCCAAGCAUUGAUUAUGUUACUGGAUAAUAAUAAUUUAAGCAAGAUUACAGCAUUUUAUUUACACAAGCUACACUAAACAAUUUGCAGUGGUUUAAAGACACCUUACUGUGAGUUUAUUGCAUCCACAGCUCUUUUAGAAAUCAAUAGACACCUUAAGAUCUUAGCUCCCAGAAACAUUGUGUUACAGAGAUGGACAAUCCUUCCCAAAGAGAAACAUUUUUCCAAGUUUGUUGAAGCCUUGAACAUACAUUUAAUACAUGUAUACAAUUAUUGUGAUGACUUGACUUUAUUAAUUACAAUAAACGUUCUUGCUUUUUAUACAGAUACAUAGUGCACAGUGAUACCCAUAACCCAAUGAUUGACUCCCUCGAAGAAUUUAAGGCCCAGUUGGAGAGCUUUGAGCCAGACUUGCUUGUCGUUGGUGGACUGCAAAUGAUGGACAGCUUUCCUUUCAAGCCAGGUGAGGCUAAGAAUUUUUAUUUUUUUAUUUAGUUGUAUUUUUUUUAAAAUUAUUAUUCAACUGUUUAAAGGAUCACUAUAGGGUCAGGAACACAAACAUGUAUUCCUGACCCUAUUGUGUUUAACCCACCAUUUAGGUGGCUUUCCCCCCCUAUAAAAGUAUGAAACUCCCCUUAUUUCCAGCGCCGCGCGGGUCCACCUGCGUUGGAUCCGCCCCCUUUAUGACAUCAUCGAAAUGGCUGAUUUUUUAGCCAUGGAUUGGCUAAAAUUGGCACAGGGGCGGGGCCAAAUGCCGUUUUGGCCAGUCAGGACCUCCUCAUAGAGACAAUGCAUCUCUAAGGAAAAUUCAGCGUCUCCAUGCAGAGCGUGGGGACGCUGAACGGCAGGGCUGCUGACUGUGCAGCCCUGAGCCAGGAGGCCCCUCCAGUGGCCAUCUAAGGAGUGGCCACUUGGAGGUGUCCCUAGGGGCAAUGUAAACAGUGUCUUUUCUCAAGGCAGUGUUUACGUGAAAAUGCCUGAAGGCAAUGAUUAUACUCACCAGAACAACUACAUUAAGUUGUAGUUGUUCUGGUGACUAUAGUGUUCUCUUUAAAUACUAUGUGUUUUCAAUAGUGAAGAGCUUAACAUAAACAAACACAUACAUCAUCUUGUAAAGGUACUAAAGGAUACAUCUACAGUGUUUGGGCAGCUAACUAACUUUUAACAUCCAAAAAGAGUAAAUUUAAAUUAACUUUUUCACACGCCUUUACAUGUAUAGCCCUGUCCUGUUAAAAUACUUGUACUGUGUGACCAGGCAAGUGUUUUUUGUUUGUUUUUAAACGCUGUCCUCUUGUUAUAUUUGCAUAUCCAUUGCAUUUAUGUACCAUAUUUAAAUAUAUAUAUUUUUUAUUUGUUGAGCAGGUCAGAGAGAGUCAAGACUGAAGGCUCUUCAAGAACUCCUACUAUCUAUGGACCAAAAUGUAGGCUCCCACUUUGAGAUGGCCUCGUUUGUUGAGCAGAGUCUAAUGAAGGACCUGCUUGAAUAUGUCAUCCCAUAUUCUGAUUCCCUGGGCAUGAAUGAACAAGAGCUUCCUAACCUGCUUAGUCUUAUCAAAGGUGGAAACAUUACAGUCCUUUCAGAUCCUUACCCUCGAGUGGCCUCUAUUCUUGACCAAAUGCGUGAGCUGUAUCAACUUCUUAGAUCCCAGAAACUAAAAGAGGGCCAGCGUCCCCUAACUCGAUUGCAUGUUCACACCUUGGCAUUUCAAGCCAUGAUGGUAGCCAAGGGUUCCAUGUGGAAAAACACAAUGUCUGCCACUGCCAAAGCUUCUUUAACUGCCAACCGCCAUGUAUGCGGCUCGUCUCAGAUUGACAUCCGGAAAGCUAAACUUAUCAUGGAUGAUUCUUUCUCAGUCAGUCGUGAAGUGGGAAGCCAAAGGAUACCUUUUAGUGAAAAACGGCCAGUGUCUUGCUGGGAAGAAGACAAUUAUGAAAUAUGCUUGGCACCUGUCUUAGUCUGUACGGAGGUCUUCCAGACUGCAGGUGGAGGAGAUAAUAUCUCUGCUGCAGGGCUUGUUUUGCAGAUUUAA